CACUCGCUCUCCCAACAUGCAUCCUUAUGAAGCGCUGCGGUGUUAGGUGUGAUGUCAGGACUGAGCUAUCACAGCUCUCCAGACAAGUCUGAAGGAGGAUCGAGGAGAGGGGAGCGCUGAGGACUUCUAAGAAACCCAAAGACCUCUACUGGACACACAAGUUUGCAUCCUGAAAACAGCAGAUUUGCUCCUCAGACAUGGAGUCAAAAACUGAUGGUGGAUCAGCCUCAGUGACCAGUGAAGAACUGGCUGCUAUUGAGGAUGAAGAGGUUCUCAACAAGAUGCUGGACAAUACAACAGAUUUUGAGGAGAGAAGAAUGCUCCGUGCUGCAUUAAGGGACCUGCUCAAGAAGAAGAGAGAUAAACGGGAGCAGGAUCGAGGGUCGAGGCAGCAGGACCUGAGACAGCAGGGCCUGAGCAAAGGAGGGACAACAGGCGGGGCUGUUAGCAUAGGCAGAGCGUCCAUGAACCAGCAGCCACCAACAAACAAGCCAUCAGGCCAGCUCUCUCCAUCAGCAGGCAGCAAGGCCAGUCCUGCUGUGGCCUCAGCCCAGAAAUGUCCUGGUGCAGCACCCAAUGUUAAAAAUGUCAAACAGAUGCUUCUGGACUGGUGCAGGGCCAAAACAGAGCCAUAUGAGGGGGUGGACAUCCAGAACUUCUCCUCAAGUUGGAGGGAUGGCAUAGCCUUCUGUGCCUUGGUGCAUCGCUUCUUCCCCGAUGCGUUCGAGUACUCCAUCCUCAACCCCAACAAGCCUAGAGACAACUUCCAGCUGGCUUUCAGCACUGCAGAGAGGCUGGCAGGCUGCCCCCCUCUGCUGGACGCCGAUGACUUAGUCCGGAUGAAAGAGCCCGACUGGAAGUGUGUUUACACGUACAUCCAGGAGUUCUACCGCUGCCUGGUGGAGAAAGGCCUGGUCAAAACCAAGAAGCGAGUGUAGAGUCUGACAGCUUUCAAGAUUGGCUGUGAUUUUAAAAUUUUAUAAUUAAUACACAUACGUGUGAGCUGAGGUCAAAAAGAUAAUAUUAAGCACCAUUUUCAACUGAAUACUUACAUUUUGAGUUGAUUUUAAAGGGACUGUUCACCCCCAAAUGAAAAACACAUAUUUUUCCUUUUACCUAUAGUGCUGUUAUCAGUCUAAAUUGUUUGGGUGAGUUGCUGAGUGUUGGAGAUAUCGGCUAUAGAGA